AUGGAUUUGAUGUUAAGAAGGUCUGAAUACUUCGAACAGCAUUGGAAUUGUACCGUUUAUAACGCAUCAGAAGUGCCACUGGAAGCCAAGGAACACAAGAUUUUUGGAAUGUUUUUGUUUGCUGUUAGCACUAUGUAUAUUGUAAGUGAUAAGCAUCAUAUUGUUCAAUUACUUCUGUGCCGCUUCUCACAAUUGUCAAAGUAAUUUUUUGGUGAUAAGGGGCACAGAAUUAGUUGAACAACACAAUAGUUUCUUUAUUUUAAACUUUUCAGUUUUUGUCAAUUCCAUGUAGCAUUGCUAUGUGCCACAAAGAAUUGAUACAGAAUGCUUGUUAUAAGAUAAUGUUGCUCAUGGCAUUUUGUGACAUGGUUACAGUGCAAAUCACUGGUUUUAUAUCCGGUUACCUGAGUUACUACGGCUUGAUGUACUGUGAUGCUAGGAAGUUGAACAACAUUGGUGGAUGCAUUUUAUUAAGUAAAUCCUUUACUUAUAUUAUGGUAUCUUGUAUAUAGUUUUGAAAUGACGUUUAGCAUAAAUAUCUUUUUCUAAAAAUUGAGUUAUACUAUGAUAAUAACGUAUAACAAAAUAUGUCAUUAUACAGUAACCAAAAGUUUUUUAGGUUUCUGGAUCUCCUACACAUGGGGCAGUAUGAUUUUGGCAAUAAACCGCAUCUCAUACAUGUUGAACAAGAGUUACUGGUUUGAAGGAUAUAAAGUUUAUGUUUGGAUAUCCAUGCCAAUAUUGAUUGGCCUUUACAGCAGUGUUUUUGGUUUGCCUGUCACAUACUCUCCAAUCAUUGCAAGCUGGGUCUUUAACCCAUUUACCGAUACUGUACCUGAUGUUGAUAAGGUGGUAAGCAAGGGUGGGAUGAGAGUUAGAAAAAGUGGGCAGACAAUAAAUAUAGAUAACUAAAAAGAAUAUAGAAAGGGCAUGAGUAACAAAUCUUUAAAAUUUUAAAAAUGUACUGAUAACAAUGAAAAAAUAAUUUUGAAAUACAAUGUUUAGUACGUAAUGAGAUUUCAUACUGUAAACAACGUACUAUUUACUGUUUUACUGCCUGCUGUCUACAUUGCUUUCAUCUACAAGAACAUGUCGUUGUUAAGACAAAGAGACAGUCAGAAAAUGUCAGCAAGAGAUUACAGUGUAAGUCCGAGAAGAUACGUUUUUAUACAUUUUAUAGUAUAAAAAAGGUAAAAUACGAUUUGUUCAAUGAAUAAUUUUUACAUUACUUUUUAACAAAGUAAGUGUUUUUUGUUUUAGUUGUUCAUGCAAUGUCUUAUCAUCAGUGCAGCAACGACAAUGGCUACACUCGGCUACACUGUUAUUCAAAUCUUCAGAAUACCAAUCUGGAUGUCCCAGUUGAGUCAUGUUUUGUGGAUGUUUAUACAAGGUAAUCUUUUUUUAUGUAAAAGUAAGGUUAGAAGGUAAUGUAUAUUAUGUUGUUCAAUUAAUUCUAAUUCCCUUCUUAAAGCAAAAGUUCGGGGUUAAGUGGCACAGAUUUAUUUGAACAAUUUAAUAUAAAACUAAGAUGAGAAAGUAAAGUAUAUUUUUGUUAUGUCAGGGUACACUAUGUUUUAGACUUAACUUUUUAAAAUUUAUGAAAUACGUAAAAAUUUUUAAAAAAUUUUCAGGUUGUCCGCCCCUGAUUUACCUCAGCAUGAACAAGAGUAUUCAACGCAUCUUACUCAGCAAGUUUGGCUGCACAAAGAAAGCUAAUGCUGUUCACAGUACUUCGAACGUCAAGUCAUAG